CCACCCCCCCAUAGCUCCCAACACAACAUUUCUUGGUAGUAAAGGAAACCAACUUAUAACAAGAAAGAAAAAUACUAUAACCCAGAACAAUGUCGUGGCAAACUUACGUAGAUGAGCACUUGAUGUGUGACAUCGAUGGCCAAGGCCAGCACCUGACUGCCGCUGCUAUCAUUGGCCAUGAUGGUAGUGUCUGGGCUCAGAGCUCUACCUUCCCUCAGUUCAAGCCUAAUGAGAUCACUGACAUCAUGAAAGAUUUUGAUGAACCAGGCCACCUUGCCCCUACAGGCUUACACCUUGGUGGCACAAAAUAUAUGGUCAUCCAGGGUGAGCCUGGGGCUGUCAUUCGUGGCAAAAAGGGAUCAGGAGGGAUCACUGUUAAGAAGACUGGACAAGCUCUUGUCUUUGGCCUCUAUGAAGAACCAGUGACUCCUGGACAAUGCAACAUGGUUGUUGAGAGGUUGGGUGAUUAUCUUGCUGAUCAGGGCCUCUAGACCUAGCUUCCAAAUACUAAAUGCCAUUUUCUUUUUGAAGUUUUGAGUUCUAAGUUUGCAUCUACUUCCAUUGAAAACUAUGGUUGUUAAGAUGGCUUGGUGUUUGGCAUUUGGUUCAUCGACUUGCUUCCUUCACCUUUAUGAUAUCUGCAUUUUCUUUGUUUCUUUGGUUCUCUUUGUAAUCCCCAUCAGUGGUUGCGGUUUCUAUUUUUUGUUGGGCACAAUUUGAUGCCAUCGUCGUUUUUUUUGCUUUGAUUUUUUUCCAUGUUUUGGUUUGAAUACAGCGUGCCAAUUUGGUGUUUUUGUGAAUGAGAAUAUUGAGAGAAUCAAAUUUGAAGUUCCUGAUCG